AUGGCUCCCGCAGCUGCUGAGAGCGCCUCACCGAUUGGCAUUGCCAAUCUGCCCAACCAGCGACACAAGAUUGUCGCCAAGCGCGGUGCUGGCUUCACCAUCAUGGUUGCUGGCGAGUCUGGCCUGGGCAAGACCACCUUCAUCAACACCCUCUUCUCCACGACCAUCAAGAACUACGCCGAUCACAAGCGCAGACACCAGAAGCAGGUCGACAAGACCGUCGAGAUUGAGAUUACCAAGGCCGAACUCGAGGAGAAGUUCUUCAAGGUUCGAUUGACUGUCAUUGACACCCCCGGCUUCGGUGACUAUGUCAACAACCGCGAUUCUUGGCAGCCCAUCAUCGAGUUCCUCGACGACCAGCACGAGUCUUACAUGCUUCAGGAGCAACAGCCCCGCCGUCAGGACAAGAUUGAUCUGCGUGUUCAUGCCUGCCUGUACUUCAUCCGCCCUACCGGCCACACCCUGAAGCCUCUGGAUAUCGAGGUUAUGAAGCGCCUCUGCUCACGAGUCAACCUGAUCCCCGUGAUUGCCAAGGCUGAUACUCUCAGCCCAGCUGACCUGGCCAAGUUCAAGCAGAGGAUUGUGAGCGUCAUCGAGGCCCAGAACAUCAAGAUCUACCAGCCCCCCAUCGAGGAGGAUGAUGAGGCUGCUGCCCAGCACGCGCGUAGCCUUAUGGCCGCUAUGCCGUUUGCCGUUAUCGGCUCUGAGAAGGACGUCAAGACCAGCGAUGGCCGCAUCGUCAAGGGUCGUCAGUACUCUUGGGGUGUUGCCGAGGUCGAGAACGAAGACCACUGCGACUUCAAGAAGCUGCGAUCCAUCCUGAUCCGCACCCACAUGCUCGACCUUAUCCACACCACUGAGGAGCUUCACUAUGAGGCCUACCGAGCACAGCAGAUGGAGACUCGCAAAUUCGGCGAGGCUCGACCCCGGAAGCUCGACAACCCCAAGUUCAAGGAAGAGGAGGAGGCUCUGCGAAAGCGAUUCACUGAGCAGGUCAAGGUCGAGGAGCAGCGCUUCCGACAAUGGGAACAGAAGCUCAUUGCUGAGCGUGAUCGUCUCAAUAAGGAUCUCGAGCAGACCCACGCCCAGAUCAAGCAGCUGGAGAACGAGCUUGAGGCCAUGCAAGGAAAUGCCGUCCGAAGCCACGGUCGCCGAUAA